UGCCCAGUUUCACCGUCUUCUCCGAGAGUGAAGUGGAAAACAAAUUGUUUGAUGCUAACUACGACUCAAUGACCCGUGCGUGAUAAGACAAUCAUAUAAAAAUCUCGACACAGCUGGCAGGACGGUCACUUUAAGUAAGGGGCAGACCAACUAAGAAAGACGAUGCGUGUCGGGUGGACCUUACUGGCUUUGGCAGCUUUGCUGCUAGGUGCUAGUUGUGACCUCGUUGAAGAUGUCCAGAAAACAAUAGAAGAUUUCCAGGCACUUAUGCCAACUGGAGACCCAGCUUUGGGUAUACCCCAACUUGAACCUCUGUCCAUCAGGGAACUUCCUCUCAGUGUUAAAGUGACACCAUUCAAUGCGCAGAUAUUGGCCAAGAACAUUCUAGCUGCUGGCGCUUCGGGUUUCGAAGUAACACAUAUCAGCCUUCGCGAUGACGGCAAGCUGGCCGUUGCUCUUAACAUACCCGACAUUGAGGUGACAGGAGCGUACGACAUCGACGGAAAGGUUAAGGUUGGAUUCAUAUCAGUCAAGCUCUCUGGUAAUGGACCGCUAGCGACUGUCAACACUCUCAUUAAUAAAAUUUUACCUGCGUUUAUUAAGUCGAACAAGGAGAAGAUCAACCAGCUCGUACAGUCUAAGGCUAAGAAUUUCAUCAACAAGUACCUGGACGGUAUUUCCGGUAACAAGCCGUCCCUGGAUGAAAGAAUCGAACUAAUUACGCACUAGCACACCGACGCCACAGGAAGAGCAGGCCAUGCAAAUUCUGGAAAGUUUCAAGGCUAUGAUGAAAGAUGGGCGACCAGACUUCAGCAUCCCUGUUCUCGACCCAGCAGUUGUCCAUAAACUAGCGAUUGACGCCAAUCAUGCCCUUCUUACAGCAAAAAUAAUUGCAACUGACGCGAGUGUCCAAGGCGUAUCUGACUUCACAGUUAAGAAGAUAUCCCAAGUUGGGGAUACAAACAAAUUGGUUGUUGACGUUGCAAUCCCCGACAUCGAAAUUUCAAGUCGGUUUGAGAUGAGGGGAAAGGUGUAUCUUCCGUUGCCUAUAUCUGUAAACGACAAUGGCCCUCUCCAACUUAAUAUCACAGACCUCAACCUUUCUGCGACAAUUGAAGUCAUUAACAACAGCGACGGCAGCUACAAUAUUAAGAGCGUGACAAUGGACUCGUGGUCGUUCAACACCAUAAAGAUUCAGCUAGACAAUCUGCUCGGCGGGGGAUUUUGGGGCAGAAAGGCGAACGAUCUUCUGAACAAGAUACUCCCUGUAUUGGUCGAGAACGAUCGUCCCAAGAUAAACGCACGGCUUGAAAAUGUCGUCAAGAAUCUGUUCAAUGCAUACAUUGACGGCCUAGCGGGCAAGACUGCCGCCGACCUCACAGCCCAACUGCAAGAAAUCAGCGAACUUUUCAGAUCUGCAAUGAAGUCAGGCCGUGCCGAUAUUAAUAUCCCUGUCAUGGAUCCUGCGGCCAUCGAUGAACUCUCCGUACAGGUCGAAAAAUGGCCUAUCAGCCACACGUUGAAGACGUGCGCAGAUGGGCUUCAGGAGCAGGCGAGCGAAUCAUCGGCCAGUUUAUGGACGCUGUGUCGGGGCGUGUUGUGCUCCCCAACCUUGACGGUAGAGCGGCUAAACUACUUGAGGAUCUUCGAAGCGUUCUCAAAACGGGAAGUGUGAAAUAUGACAUGCCCGUCUACGAUCCAGCCACAGUUGAGCAAGUUCCACUCGAGAUCAAGGUUGUGGGGCAAACGGCGCGUUUGGUUGUCAAGGACAUAACCGUACAUGGCACGUCGGACUACGAAAUUGCGGAAAUCACGCAGUUAUCCAACACAAAUAACUUGGACAUCAAAAUUGUGGUCCCAGCCCUCAAUGCGAAUUGCAAGUUUACAGCUUCGACGUCUGGCAUAAUUAAGUUGAAUGACGAGGGAUCGGCUUCGGUUAAUAUUAAGGACUUAACUGUGUCGGCUACUGCCUCGAUGUCAUCUAAUAUUGAUGGAUCCCUCGUUCUACGUGACCUCAAGAUCCGUUCAUGGUCUACAGGUGCAAUUGCGGUCACGUUCGAAAAUUUGGACAAGUUAGGAAAGCUCGGAAAAGCUCUGAACCUGGUCAUUAACAAGGUUCUUCCUACGAUUAUUGAAGCAAGGAAGCCGGUACUCACAGCCUGGGCCCAGGUCACAGCCAAGAGCGUGCUGGACAAGUUCUUAACUGGCGUAGCAGCAGACUCAUUACUUCCCCGUGAGAUCCACAUUGCUACGAUUGACCAUGAAGCACAUGCUAUUCUAAUGCAGCUUGUCAACUUGGCAUUGAAGGCCGGUUUGGCUGCUUAACGUUAUUUUUUACUUGCUGGAAUGUUAAUUGUGGUACAGCUAGAAAAAUAAAAAGCUACACAAGGA